AUGGAGCCAAUGAUAUGUCCAGUUGUCAAUUCCCAAAACCGUGGUCCGGAGGGAGUCUUUCCGCUGGACGAGAAGAACCUUGACUCAGUUACAGACAAGAUUCUGGCAACCCUUCUUGAGUCUGCCCCCGUUCUCUACAAACUCGGCGGUACAACUGUUGUGCGGCUCUCACGAUAA